GAGAGAGAGAAAGAGAGAUAGAGAGAGCAAGAGAGGCGGGGGGCGAUGAGUCAAUACAACUAAUAAUUUAAUGGGGACACGGAGGGAGAGCCGGAGCGAGAGGGGGAAAGACCGAGAGGCGGAUAGCGAGGGACAGGAGCUCCGAGCCCGUGCAGCAGGACACUACCUCCGCCUCCUCUUCCACUUCCAGGCGGCAGCGGCGGCAGCAGCGCGGCCAGUCCGCCUAUGUGCACCCGGCGGCAGAGCGUCGUUCAUCCUCGACACCGGAAAGUGAUAGUGAGUCGAGGUGCUGAGAAUGAUGGACCAUCUCAGCGAGACGUGUUUGGGCAAGGAGAACUCCGAGCUGGUCAACAGCAUCGUGGACGCCAAGGCCCCGCCGGCCAAGCUUCCCCGCAUGGAGCAGAAUGGCAGCCCCCUGGGCCGGGCGAGACUAGGCAGCACUGGCGCCAAGCUCGCCGGACUCCCCUACAAGCCUGUAAACCACCUGCUGAAGACCUGCCACAAACGAGGCAACAUGCUGCCGGUCUUCUGCGUGGUGGAGCACUACGAGAAUCCUAUGGAUUUUGACAGCAAAGAGGAGCACGCGGAGUUCGUGCUGGUGCGCAAGGACAUGCUCUUCAAUCAGCUCAUCGAGAUGGCGCUGCUGUCGCUGGGCUACUCCCACAGCUCGGCCGCUCAGGCCAAAGGAAUGAUUCAGGUGGGCAAGUGGAACCCCAUCCCCUUGUCAUACGUGACGGACGCGCCGGACGCCACGGUGGCCGACAUGCUGCAGGAAGUCUACCACGUGGUCACGCUCAAGAUCCAGCUGCACAGUUGUCCUAAGCUGGAGGACCUUCCACCUGAGCAGUGGAGCCACUCUACAGUAAGAAACGCCCUCAAGGAGUUACUCAAAGACAUGAAUCAGAGCUCUCUGGCUAAAGAAUGUCCCUUAUCACAGAGUAUGAUUUCCUCCAUUGUCAACAGCACUUACUAUGCAAAUGUGUCGGCGGCAAAGUGUCAGGAAUUUGGGCGCUGGUAUAAACAUUUCAAGAAGACAAAGGAUAUGAUGGGCAUGCGCCAAACCUCCCAGCUGGAGGGCUACCUGGGGACGUGCGUCCUGCGCGAGAGCCCGCGUGCUAAUGCACUAGCCGAGAUGGACGCUCUGUCGGACCUCUCCCCGCCGGGCUCCAACCACAACCACCUGGGCUUCUCCCAGCAGCAGCAGCCCAUCCCGGGCAGCACGGCGGAGCAGACGCCCUCCUCACCGGUGCCGCCGCUGUCUCACGCCCCGCCGCCGCCCCACGGGGGCCAGGCGGGCGGCCGGCAGCCCCAGCUCCCCGGCCUGCACCACCCGGGCCUGGUGUCCACGCCCAUCAGCCCGCAGCUGGUCAACCAGCAGCUGGUGAUGGCGCAGAUCCUCAACCAACAGUACGCCGUCAACCGCCUGCUGGCGCAGCAGUCGCUGUCGCAGCAGUACCUCAACCACCCGCCCGUCAACCGCGCCUCGCAUGGCAAGCCCCUGGAGCCUCCGGUGGGCUCCAACACGGAGGUGUCCUCCGAAAUCUACCAGUGGGUCCGGGACGAGCUCAAGAGGGCCGGCAUCUCGCAGGCCGUCUUUGCACGCGUCGCCUUCAACAGAACCCAGGGCUUGUUGUCAGAGAUCCUCCGCAAAGAAGAAGAUCCCAAAACGGCCUCGCAGUCGCUGCUGGUCAACUUGCGGGCCAUGCAGAACUUCCUGCAGCUCCCCGAGGCCGAGCGCGACCGCAUCUACCAGGACGAGAGGGAGCGCAGCCUCACGGCCGCCUCCGCCAUGGGCACCGCCCCGCUGAUUAGUACGCCACCCAGCCGGCCUGUACAGCCGCGGAGAGAAGACUGCAACAGCGUGCGCCCCGAAGACUGGAACCCUCGCAUCCCUGUGGGCAUUUCUCCUGUGAGCAAACACCCCCACCUCUACUCCGAAAUCGCUUACACGGUGAAGCCGUCCCCCCUGCCCGGCGAGUGGAAUGGCAAGACAGAGAGCUGCAUCCUCAACAUCAACUCCAACAUCUACGACGAGAUCCAGCAGGAGAUGAAGCGAGCCAAGGUCUCCCAGGCGCUCUUCGCCAAGGUGGCCGCCUCCAAGAGCCAGGGUUGGCUGUGCGAGUUGCUUCGCUGGAAGGAGGAUCCGUCCCCAGAGAACCGUACGCUGUGGGAGAACCUCUCCAUGAUCCGUCGUUUCCUAAGCCUGUCGCAGGCCGAGCGGGACGCCAUCUACGAGCAGGAGAGCAGCGCGGGGCAGCAGCAGCACCACGGCGAGCGGCCCUCGCACUUCUCGCAUGUCUCGGCCGACCACCUGCAGGCCCAGCACCACCACCAGACCGCCAUGUCCCUGCAGCACCCGUCGCAGCCUCUCCUGUCCCAGCAGCCCUUGCAGCAGCAGCCCACCAGCGGGCCCCGCCUGCCCCCCCGCCAGCCCUCCACCGCCUCCCCGGCCGAGGCGGAGGACGACGGGGGCCGCACGGGCGCCCUCAAGUCGCGCACGGGCGGCGGCAAGAUCUCCCUGGAGGCGCUGGGCAUCCUGCAGAGCUUCAUCCAGGACGUGGGCCUGUACCCGGACGAGGAGGCCAUCCACACGCUCUCCGCCCAGCUGGACCUGCCCAAGCUGACCAUCAUCAAGUUCUUCCAGAACCAGCGCUUCUACGUCAACCACCCGGCCAAGGCCACGCCCAACAGCAGCACGAGGAGCAGCAGCAGCAGCCCCGCCUUCGACGAGGACCUGACGGACCUGAAGGAGGGCGGCGAGCUGCUGAAGGAGCUGGACGAGAGCACGCAGACCAACAGCGCCACCUUCUGCGUCAAGACCGAGGAGCAUCUCAACCGGGGCGGCCCGGUGGAGCCGGAGCACGAGGUCAAGGAGUAGGGUGGCAGCGGAUGCGGUGGCGGCGGUUGCGACGGUAGAGGUGGCGGCGACUGUAGCGACGGCGGUGGUGACCGUGGCCGCGGAGGCAGCGAUGGCGGCCGUGACUGUGGCUGAAGUGAUUGCGGCGGCGACUGUGGCCGCUGCGGCGGCGA